GAACUCAGUGUUCACCACCAAAGUUAGAUUCCAUAAUAAUAUCUGAAUACUUAAAGAGUACUAGGAUAAGUGAAAUCUAUAAACAUAUUACAACUUUAGUUAAAAUACAAAAUAUAAUAAUAACAAACUAUUAGGAUCAAAACGUAGUAUCCGACGGUUGUUAAGCUAGUAAAACUUUAGCUAGUUGAAAUCAAAAUUAUUAUCAAUAACAUUCCAAUCAUUAUGGAAUAAACAUUAUUUGGUGGAAAAUAAAAUAAUACAGAAUGUCUACAAAUUUAAUAUAUAAUCGGACACUCACCAAAACCAAAAGUAAACCAUGUCUACACAUACACACACAACUCUAGCGUGUCACAUGGCAACAUACAAAUUUUAUAAAUGAAAUUAGUUGUCAUAAGGGCCCUCACAUCUAUUUAGUCAGCCACACAUUAUUCCAUUUGGUCAUCUCAACUAUUGUACAUCUCCAAUUCCAUCUAAAUUUCCAUUUGCCACAAUUACAAACAUGGAGGACAACCACCACCUAAUCCGGCCACUUCUUCACCCUUCCACCACAAACGCCGCCGUAACCCCACCACUAGAUGACCAUGUACACCACAACCUUAUGAACCCCAUCUCAUCAAACUCGGGCAUCAUUUUCCGCCUCUCGUUGGUGGCCUUUAUCGGCAUAGUGUCCAUAUGGGCGAACCAUGAAGCCUCCAAAGGAUACUCUGUAACAAUCGUCAAUGAUUCCGGCCAAACAGUCGCCGGAAAAAGGUUCCAUCUUUUCUACGUCUCGAACGAUGAAGCCACGCGUGUUGUCGUCAAGGCAAGUAAAAUUAUCGAAAAUUUUCUUUAUCCCAAUCACGAUAAAAUUAUUCCCUCUAGAAAACAAGUCAAACAUAUAGUUCUAAAAUUAUCCGACCGGAAUUUGACGGAUAAUUAUGCCGUUUAUUCAAAUACGGACCGUGAAUUUGUACUCACCAUAAGUCCUUCAAUUAUGGGAGGUGCAAAUUUUCGUCACGACACCGUUCUAGCAAUGCAACGAGGUGUGGCGCGUAUUUGGCUAUGGGAUGGUCCAACAAAUCUAAUAAACGGUAUUGUGGAAUAUAUGGUCAUCAACAACCUAGGUGGUUCUUCCGCCGCCUCUUCUCGCGCCGACAGGGCUGAGCCGCCACAAUCAGCCACCGCGUGUUGGAAGAACGAUGACUCUAGGGUGGUGGCGAUGUUCUUGAACAACUGUGAGCGACGCCGCCCCGGAUUCAUUAGAAGAUUGAAUCAAGCUAUGAAAAAUGGAUGGGAGGAUGGCAAAUUGGAUGGAGCAUUGGGCCAGCCGGUUCAAAAUCUAUGUGCAAGUAAUAAUGAGUCGUUAAGGUACAACUUCUCCAGCGUGUAGUACAUCAGGGUUGUAUCCAUAUGUUAGUUUGAUUUGAGUGGGUGUCACAUUGGCCAAUUGCCACAAGAAAGAGAAAGAAGCAAUUAUUGGCUGGAGAGGGAGUUCAGGUCCCACCACAUCACAAGGGAGAAGAAAUCAACGGUGGAGAUUGCUUUGUUUGGGCCUGAUGCUUUAAUUUAUGGGGUAAUGGCAAAUAGACCCAUGACAAGGACACUUAAUUAAAAGAGGGACAUCCAACUUUUUUGUCUUUCAAAUAA